UUUUUCAGUAUAUAUGAUGGGAGAAUCAAACACAGGCACGCAGACCCACUUCCAUCAUUCAGGAGACAAGACGUCAGCUCUGUUGGACUUGAGAAAGCAUGCGCUCACUGGCUCUCUUCCUGACCUUUGCGGUCUUCAGCCUCGCUUCCCCUCACCUCAACGACCAAUGGGAAGCAUGGAAGGCCGAGUUCCAGAAGGUGUACACCGAUGAGGCGGAGGCGCUGUACAGAAGGGCCGUGUGGGAGAACAAGUGGAGGAUGGUGAGGAGGCACAACCUGGAGGCCGAGGCCGGGAACUCCACCUUCACCCUGGGCCUGAACCAGCUGGCUGACAUGACCACAGACGAAGUGAACGCAAAGCUCAACCGUCUCACGGAGGAAGACCCCGCCAGCUUCGACAGCUGGACCUCCACACGAUGGGACAAGGGGGUCGAGAAACUCCCAGAGAGUGUGGACUGGAGACAGUACGGUCUGGUGUCUCCUGUCCAAAGCCAUGGGCAAUGUGGCUCCUGCUGGGCCUUCAGCGCCGUGGGGGCCCUGGAGGGCCAGAUGGCGAUGAAGACCGGGUUCCUGGAGCCCCUCAGCCCCCAGAACCUGAUGGACUGCAGCCUCGAGAACCACGGCUGUAACGGGGGCCGGGUCUCCAAGGCCUUCCAGUACGUCAUCGAUAACGACUCCGGGAGAUGCUACCCCUACGAAGAGAAGGUGCCCUCCGUUUUCCUUUUCCUAAAGUUCAUUUACUACGACUUUGAACACAAGGUUCUGCUAUUUUGCUCUUCUUGAAAGCACCGUGCUCUACCGACAGGUGCGGGUGUGAUUAGCCGUUACAAGCCGUUUCAAGCCCUGCCUUGCCCAGUGCUUUAGUGACAUCACAAGGGGGGGUGUCCCCCUGG